AUGGCUUUAGUAGUAGAGAGAAUAGCAAAAUACGCAAUUCCAAUUAGUAUUGGAUUUACUUUGCUUCAAUCUUCAAUUUAUGAUGUUUCAGGUGGAAAAAGAGCAGUAUUGUUUGACCGACUUUCUGGUGUUCAAAAGCAGGUUGUUCAAGAAGGAACACAUUUCUUAGUUCCUUGGGUUCAAAAGGCGAUUGUGUACGAUGUUCGAACACGUCCCAGGAACAUUGCUACAACGACAGGCAGUAAAGACUUGCAAAUGGUAUCAUUGACUCUUCGAGUGAUGCAUCGUCCUGAGAUUGGCAUGCUUCCUCAAAUCUAUCAGAGUCUUGGCUUGGAUUACGACGAACGUGUGCUUCCUUCAAUCGGUAAUGAAAUUUUGAAAUCCGUAGUUGCUCAAUUUGAUGCUGCUGAACUCAUUACUCAACGAGAGGUUGUAUCAGCCAAAAUCCGUCAAGAACUUGUUCAACGUGCCACUGAAUUUGGUAUCCGUUUGGAAGACGUUUCCAUUACUCAUAUGACUUUUGGUAGAGAGUUUACCAAGGCCGUUGAACGGAAACAGAUUGCUCAACAGGAAGCUGAGCGGGCUCGAUUCUUAGUCGAACAAGCUGAGCAAGAGAAACAGGCUAACAUUAUUCGUGCCGAGGGUGAAGCUGAAGCCGCCGACAUUGUUUCGAAAUCUCUCGAUAAGGCUGGAAAUGCUUUGAUUCAAAUCCGUAGCUUAGAGACCAGCAAACAGAUUGCUUCGGCUCUUGCUGAGAAAGGCUCUCAAGUUACUUAUCUUCCUUUUGGUGGAAAGUCUGGCAUAUCAGCCGGUAUUUUACUGUUCCCUAUUCUUUAUGAUCCAUUUUUAUGUGUUUAA